UAUAAACCCUAAAAACCCUUAAAUCUUCCUCUCGAUAACUCCGCCAACGGACAUGGAAUCGGCAACAGAUAUGGGAUCAGAGCUCAUCCUCCAUAGUUCGUCGUCGGCGAUGGUUGCAGCCGCCGAUUCAUCUCAAAUCCAACUGGCUUUUCCUCGGAAAUCUUCAUCAUCCAAGGAUCGUCACACCAAGAUUAAUGGGCGAGGCCGUCGAGUCCGGAUGCCAGCACUCUGUGCUGCGCGUAUCUUUCAACUGACUAGGGAACUAGGCCACCGAUCGGAUGGUGAGACUAUUGAGUGGUUGCUCCGCCAAGCGGAACCCUCGAUUAUAGCAGCCACUGGCACCGGCACUAUUCCGGCUUCUCCUAUCUCCACUAGUGUAGGGCAGAUCCCUGCUUCUUCUCCUUCACCGUCUGCUUGUUCGGCCCCUUCUUCUUCCUCAUCUCCUUGUAAGCUUGUGCCGGUCUCGGUGGCUCCCGAUAAUCGAGUUCCAACGAGUUUCUUGAGGUUUGAACAGUCUCAACCGAUCUGCCGGCUCGAUUUGUGUCAGCCCGUUGGAUUGGAGUUCCCCAAUAAUGGGUUUCGACAUAUGCCUUUCACGGCAAUGUUGUUUCAGCCAUCCACCGAAGAGGAGGGAGAGGGAGAUGGAGACGGAGAAGAGCAUCAACAAGAACCGCCACAGCCAAUGCCUCAGGCUCAGGUAAGUUGAGGAGUAACAUUUCUAUUUAUAAAUAGAUACUUUUCCAUUUAUUAGGUUGAAGUGUUUUUGGUAUUUUUAAAGUCUCUCCUUGGAAUUCCUCUAAUGGUGUUGAUGGAUUAAAUGGAUGAAGAGGAAAGAAGAGGAUCGUUAGGCAGGUUAGGUUUCUUAAGGAUUUGGAUUACCAUUAAGGAUGUUAAAUAGUAAAGAUACCAUAGUAGUUACAUGACAUUACACAAUG